CACAAUUCAUCAUGAUCAUUCCCACCUCCAAAUCUUUCUUCUUCCUCAAUCUCAUCAUGCAGCUCGGCCAUGCCGCCAGGGUCUCUCAACCGAACCAAGUCACGGCUGCAAAGGCAUGCCAAGAAGCUGCCGACGUGCCCUUGUGCCUUGACCUCCUCAACUCUCGACCCCAAAUCAAUGACUUGAAACAGGCRGCCUUCGUUGCAUUUCAGGCUGCAUCCGCAGAGGCUGUUCAAACGUCGCAGUUCAUAAAGAGCACGAGAGAAAAGGAGGAGGGUAAGGAGGUGACGGAAGAUUCUAUAGAAGAGGAGACGUUGGCGGACUGUAGCCAAAACUACGGAAGCAUAGCGGAGAUAAUGGCAGAAGCGACGAAUGCCCUGAUGAGCGGGCCGGAGGCAGACGUGAGUGUUGAGAUAAAGGCGGCAAUAGCGACGGCGGAGACGUGUGGCAAGAGCAUCAGGGAGGGGAAGAAGAGUCGUCAGGUAGAGGAAGUGGCUAAGAAGAACGAACAUGUAAUCAAGUUGUGCUCCAAUGCUUUGAGCGUCUACAACGUCUAUGCCACCACUUGACAACCGCAUUCAUUAAUUUGUGUAUCAAAUCUUUUUCCGUUACUUUUUAUUCUUUCAAAUGAUAUACAUCUCAGCUCCGCU